AUGAGGGCCAGCAAGCCCAUCUUGCUCGCAAAUGCGCAGCUCCGCAUCAAGCUCGCUUGGUUUGAGAUCGGAAGCGGCGCUCUUCUUCCUUUCCGCACCGGCUACCUGCGGCCCGCAAAUUGGCAUUUGGCACUGCAGCUCUUCAUGCUUUCCCCGCAUUUUGCAAGCGUCGCUCAGUCAGACUACGUCGGUUCGGAAUUUGACAAUGUUACGUCGCAGGCAAGUUGCGUAUCCAAAAUGAGGAUGUCGACCAAAGUGGAGGCGCCACCGCAUGCAGAGUGA